AUGGAGUUGAAGAAGAAGCAUUGGACUUCUUAUUUGACUUUGGGCCAGCCCGCAGUCCAAUACCAAAGACUAUACAAUACCUUUGCACGAGGAGCAAAAUGCUCGUUCAAUUUUCGUUUUGACGCUUCAAUUGGAAAUAUUGUUUUAACAAGAUAUAAUAAUCGCACUUAUAAAAUAAGCGAAGUUUGUUUCGACCAAAGUCCCCAAUCUAUAUUUCACACAAAAAGUGGACCUACAAGCUAUUUACAAUAUUAUAAAAAAUACCAUAAUAUAAACAUUAAAGAUAUUAAUCAACCAUUACUUUUGAGCAUAAAAAAAACACGAGGAACACCAGAGGAUACAGAUAAUAUUGAAUUUCGUUUAAUUCCUGAACUCUGCUAUCUCACAGGGCUUCGUGAAGAAGUUCGUUCUGAUGACCGAACAAAGCUUAUGCGUGAAAUUGCUACGUAUACAAGAGUUACUCCAAAUCAAAGGAAACUAGCACUCGAUAAGUUCAACGAUAAUGUUUCCAACACUCCAGCAGCACGAGAAAUUCUUGACCGUUGGGGACUCGCGCUUUUUAGAAACUACAACAAUCUGAAAGGUCGCCAGUUGGAUUCGGAACAAAUUUAUUUUGCUAAAAAAGUUGUUUCAGCCGGACAAAAUGCUGAGUUUUCCAAAGAGGCUGUUAAAAAUGAAAUGUUGGAAGCCAUUCACCUAAACAAUUGGAUAAUAAUUCAUUUUAAAACUGAUUUACGAGCCGCUAAAUCGUUACUGGAUAAUAUGAAACAGUGUUGUCGAUCACUCGGAAUGAGUAUUUCCAAACCAACGAUCAUUUCUUUAGAUCAUGAUCGUAUUGAUGCCUUUAUCGACGCUUUACGUCGGAAUAUUGCAAUGGAAACGCAAAUUGUUGUCUGUAUAUGCCCAAAUAAUAGAGAUGACAGGUACUCUGCCAUAAAAAAAAUUUGUUGCUCAGAGUUACCUGUACCAUCACAGGUCAUAAAUGCCAAGACAUUGUGCAAUGAAUCAAAAAACAGAUCAAUUGUGCAAAAAGUUAUUUUACAAAUGAACUGUAAAAUGGGAGGCUCAUUAUGGACGGUUAAAAUUCCUUUUAAAAACGUAAUGAUUUGUGGUAUUGAUUCGUAUCACGACCCGUCUAAUAGAGGAAAUUCUGUUGCUGCUUUUGUUGCCUCUCUUAAUGCUUCAUAUACACAAUGGUAUAGCAAAGCUGUCGUACAAACAAAGAGUGAAGAAAUUGUUAAUGGAUUAACUUCAUCUUUUGAAGCGGCGCUUCAAAUAUACAAAAAACGAAAUGGAUGUCUACCAGAUGGUGUAAUUAUUUACAGAGAUGGCGUUGGAGAUGGCCAACUAAGUACGUGCUCUAGUUUCGAAAUUCCGCAAUUUGCAUCUGUUUGCGGUAGUCGUAUAAAAAUUACAUUUAUAGUAGUUCAAAAACGCAUUAAUACUCGGAUUUUUUCGCUAUUUUAG